AUGAGACUCCACAUUAGAUCUAUAGAAUAUAACUUGUGGAAAAUAGUUGAGCAAGGGAAUUUUGUUCCCAUGAAUGAGUCAACGGCCCUUGCCAAAGAUGAAGAACAUUAUACGACCGAAGAUGAAAAGAAAUUGAUUCUAAAUGAUAAAGCUCUUAACAUCUUGUUUUGCGCUCUUGAUUCUACAGAGUUUGGAAGAGUUUUGGCAUGCGAAACAACUGAAGAUGCUUGGGAAAGUCUUCAAACCACUCAUGAAGGAACAAGUCAAGUGAAGGAAUCAAAGAUUGAGAUGUUAUUCCGUGACUAUGAGUUGUUUGGGAUGAAAACUAGAGAAAGCAUCAUUGACAUAUACAAGAGAUUCUCUAACCUAAUAAAUGAUCUCAAAGGUCUUGGAAAGAGUUUUGCAACUCUUGAGCUUGUGAAGAAAAUUCUUUGUUCAUUGCCGGAAAGUUGA